UUCAGACCUAGCCGGGAGGGGCCAGAGGGAUGCGGCUGGGGGCCCAGCUCCGGUGCCGCACCCCGUGAAGGGCCGUUCUUCCACCUGGCCACUUCACCCUCGGGAAGCCGAGACCGAACCAGCUCAAACCGCUUCUGGGUAAAGUGCCGGGAGGGCAGGGCGAGAGGGGAGGAAGGAAUCGAGGCAGCCUGCCUUUCUGGGCUUCCAGACGCGCGUUCUUGGCUCGGAUACCCAGAAGGGAUUAGUUUCGACUGAGCAUCCAUCCCCCCACCCCCGCCAUGAAAGAGCGUAAAAAAAAAAAUUCGUGAAGCCAUUCUGGACUCUUAAUCGGAGGCUGGUGAAUGAAUUCGUCACAGUUGUGUCAGGCUCGUGGGGUGUGUUUUGCAGGGGAGGGGAGCAUGGUAGGGCCUAGGGGGUACUAGGCCUCCAAAGCCCGUAAUCCCAGUCGCCUUUCCUGUGGAAUAUUUUACCUCUGCAGGAAAGAUUUGUGAGGUACGGAUAGGGUGGGGCGAGAAACAGGGUGUCUUUAUACAAGUGCUUAAAGCGUGGAGAGGAAGUAGCAGCGGGGACUUUUGGGAUUGUUUGCGAAUCCCUGGUGUUUGUUUUGGUGGCUCAGUUCCUUUUGCUUAGUUCCUUUUUCUGGAAACUAGGCAUAGCACUUUGGCCAUAACAUCUGGAAGGUUAAAAGAGCUACUAUUUCACAUUGCAUAAAGGUGCUGUGCUCUUGCCAAAAAACUGUUUCCAUUGUUAAGACCUAAGGUCCUUGUGCUUUUCCCAAGCUAAUAGUUCAACCUCAGCUUAUGAAGGCAUGUGCUCUUCUUCUCUUUUACGACUGAGGAAACUUGACGUUCCCAGGCCCGGAGCUCCAGCUCAUAUUGCACACUGUGUGCUUGUGAAACUGAACACAACAAAAGUAUGGAGAUGGGAAACCAACAUCCUUCUAUUAGUAGGCUUCAGGAAAUCCAAAAGGAGGUAAAAAGCAUAGAACAGCAAGUAAUUGGUUUCAGUGGUUUGUCAGAUGACAAGAAUUAUAAAAAACUGGAGAGGAUUCUAACAAAGCAACUUUUUGAAAUAGACUCUGUAGAUACUGAAGGAAAAGGAGACAUUCAGCAAGCUAGGAAGAGGGCAGCACAAGAGACAGAGCGUCUUCUCAAAGAGUUGGAGCAGAAUGCAAACCACCCACACCGGAUCGAAAUACAGAACAUUUUUAAAGAAGCCCAGUCCCUGGUAAAAGAGAAGAUUGUGCCAUUUUAUAGUGGAGGCAACUGCGUGACUGAUGAAUUUGAAGAAGGCAUCCAGGAUGUCAUUUUGCGGCUGACACAUGUUAAAACUGGAGGCAAGAUCUCCUUGCGGAAAGCACGGUAUCACACUUUAACCAAAAUCUGUGCAGUGCAAGAGAUUAUCGAGGACUGCAUGAAAAAGCAGCCUUCCCUGCCUCUUUCCGAGGACGCGCAUCCCUCCGUGGCCAAAAUUAACUCUGUGAUGUGUGAAGUGAACAAGGCCAGAGGCACUCUGAUUGCUCUUCUCAUGGGAGUGAACAACAACGAGACUUGCAGGCAUUUAUCCUGUGUGCUGUCGGGGCUGAUGGCUGAUCUGGACGCUUUAGAUGUGUGUGGGCAUACAGAGAUCAGAAACUAUCGCAAGGAAGUUGUGGAAGACAUCAACCAGUUACUGAGAUACUUGGAUUUAGAAGAGGAAGCAGAUACCACUCAUGCAUUUGACCUGAGACAGAAUCAUUCCAUUUUAAAAAUAGAAAAGGUCCUUAAGAGAAUGAGAGAAAUAAAAAACGAACUUCUUCAAGCACAGAAUCCUUCAGAAUUGUACCUGAGCUCCAAAACAGAAUUGCAGAGUUUGAUUGGACAGUUGGAUGAGGUAAGUCUUGAAAAAAACCCCUGCAUCCGGGAAGCCAGGAGAAGAGCAGUGAUUGAAGUUCAGACCCUUAUCACUUACAUUGACUUGAAGGAAGCUCUCGAGAAAAGAAAGCUGUUUGUUUGCGAGGAGCACCCCUCACACAAAGCGGUCUGGAACGUCCUGGGAAACUUGUCAGAGAUCCAGGGGGAGGUUCUCUCGUUUGAUGGCAGUCGAACUGAUAAGAACUAUAUCCGGCUGGAAGAGCUGCUCACCAAGCAGCUGCUCGCCCUGGAUGCCGUGGACCCGCAGGGAGAGGAGAAGUGUAAGGCUGCCCGGAAGCAGGCAGUGAAGCUCGCGCAGAACAUCCUCAGCUAUCUCGACUUGAAGUCCGAUGAGUGGGAGUACUGAAGCGCUGGAGAGCCCACGGCUGCUCAUUCCCGUCUUGCACUUUACACAUACUUAUUUGUAUUUAUAGAGAGCUUUCAGUUCAUUGAGCCUAAAUGUGAUUUAUACAUGCAUAUAUCAAUCUCAGUAUUUAUGAUUUAAGCAAAUUAUAUUCAAUAUCUCUGCUGCUUUUGAUGUUGCAAAACAAAUAUUACAGCAUAUUAACUUUUCCAUGUGGA